GGGCAGGGCGGAGGCGCGGCGCUGACCGCCACGAGCCGGCUCCGCUGCCGCCCGCCCCGCCGGCUCCGUGCCCGUGGCCCCAGAGGGGCUCCAGCGCCGGCGCGUCCGCCAGGGGCGAAGGCGGCGGCCCACGGGACCAUGCUGUGAGCAGGCGGCAAGCGAAGUUGCGGUGGAAGAUGAACAACGCCGAAAUCACAAAGCCACCACUAGCACCGAAACCAAAAAUUAUCGGUCAUCUUUCUCCAGUAACUGUCUCCAAAUUUUCUCCUUCGCUGCCAAGGGCUGACAUUCUUCAUAACCCAAACUCUAUGUCUAGAGGUCCCAAACCACCUAUUGCUCCCAAGCCAAAACUCUCUGCUGACACUGAGGGCAAAUCCAGUGUUUAUACCAACAAUAACUUAAAUAAAUGCUCAAAUGGUAAAUUGAUCUUUCUUGAUGGAGAGCUGUAUGAAGGAAAUCAAUGCCAUGCCCAUUGCCCGGAACCUGAAGCAGAUAAUGAAUACAUUGUAGUUCCUGAAGCUCAGUUGACCAGGAAAGACUGCAAUGACUUGCAACACGAGCUUGAUCAGAGCUUAGAUUCCUCUGCAGAGAAUGAAGUUUUGGAAACUCCAGAAGAGGCAGAGAAGGAAGAGGAUAACGUUGCUAAUGAUGAGGACACAAGCAAUCAGGAAGUUGAGCACCAUAACUCUUUGGAUAGUGCUGAACCAAUAGAACCAGACUCUGAAGCCUCAACUGUAGACUGUAGCCAGUCUGAAGCACUUUGUGAGGAGACCUUGGAUGCCCCUGAUGAGAAUUAUUGUUCUUCCAAGAAUGUAGAUGAAGAUGUUGUAGGUGAUUGCAGUGAAACCAAAAACAAGGAGGAAACUUCUAGCAGUCUUGAACUGGUUGAAGACUAUAGUGAGAUUGACAGUGAUAACAUUUUGAAUAGAGGUAAGGACCUAAUGGGUGAUAUCUGUGAAGAUAUCAUUCCAACACCACUUCCCACAGAUGAAUCAAUCCCAGGUUGUGAAAAGGCAGGGGAGGAUGAGGAGGAACUGCCUGAGAUUUUAGAAAAUGGAGAUGGAUGUCCAGCACAUGAUGGUGAUCACAGUGUGUAUGCACAGCUUGAUUUGAAUAUGGAGGAGGAAUUAAAAAAUGAUGACAGUGCAAGUCUUGACAUGCUGCCCAAUGAGACCAGUGAGGAAACAGCUCUUGGCUUAGAACUGCUUGAAGGUGAACCCAGUGCUGAGAAUGGUUUGGGAGAUUCUACCCAUCAAGCAGCAGCUGAAGAGGAGAAAGCAGACACAGAUGAGUACAAUAAUACAAACACAGAAAAUGCCAGUGAUGGCUGCCAGAUCACUAAGAGAAGAGAUGAGGAGACAUCAGAGGUAGCCUGUGAAGCAAGCCAAGACUCUGUGAAAGAGGAGGAAGAAGCUGUGAAUGCAGAAAAUGUGGAUGACGGCUGUCAAAUUGCUCCUUUUGAGAAUUACUGUGGUGAGGAAGUACCCACAGAACAUUCAGAUGAGAAUCCCCAAACAGAAGGGACCUCUCUGAAUGGAAAUGGUCAGAUUUCUGAUACUCUACCUAGUGGUCCAGGGAUGGAACCAGAGCUGGAAGAUGUGCCUGUUGAAGAGCAUAGUGAAAGGGUUGUCGAAACCUCUAAGUCAGAUGAGCUGCAACUUGAAGACAAUGAAGUGGAAGCAAAAAGCCUCAGCAAAAGUGUCCCAAGUCCAACUCAACAAGUCCCAUGUGAGGAAGAGUUAGAAGUCUGUAAGCAUGGUAGAAUGAAUGUAAAACAUGGGACCAAAAAUGUCUUGCAUGAAAAUCUAGCACUCCCUGAAGUAGUCAUUGUGCCUGAAGAAUCAGAGGAAAGAGCAACUAGUAGUGAUUCCCUAGAUGACCCAUAUGUGCUUCCCGCAGAAAAUGAAAUCACUCGUGAUGGGCAGACUGAUUCAGGAGCUGAUCACAGUAAGAGGGAUGAAUUAGGUAUGGAUGGUGAAAACAACUUGCUGACCAUUGAUCGUAAAAGCAUUGUCACUAGAACACGGUCACUCUCUGGGAAAAUGCCAGGCUACGUGCCAGAAACAGUUCCAGAAGAAACUGGACCUGAAACUGAUUUACUGCCUACCUGCAAUGGCUCUGGGACUGAAGAUGUAAGCAAUAAUUUAUUUUCAGUGGAAGGAAAAACAAUGGAAGCCAACAGGGCAUUACCAACCAAGUCAAGACGUUUUAUUUUAUAUCCUCGGUCUUAUUCUGUUGAAGGGAGAGAAAUACCUGUCUCCAUUUACAAAGAAAGUGAUGGCUAUGUACUUGAUGAUGGUAGAAUAAAAAGGACAGAAGACAACUUGUCUUUGCCUUGUGUUAAUGGUUCCUCAGGUAGUUUUUCCCAGGGAAAUCUUUCAUCAGGUGUAUCUACUCCAUCCUCAGUUGUUGAUAUACCACCUCCUUUUGAACUUGCCUACAUCACCAAAAAGCCAAUCACUAAAAGUUCCCCUUCACUUUUGAUAGAGAAUGAGUCACCUGAUAAGUAUUCCAAGAAAAAGAAGUCUUCCUUUAAGAGGUUCCUCACUCUAAAAUUCAAGAAGAAGACGGAAAAUAAAGUCCAUGUAGAUGUUAAUGUUUCCUCUUCGAGGUCCUCAUCAGAAUCCAGCUAUCAUGGGCCUCUGAGGCUGCUGGAGCUGGACAGGAGAAGCCUAAGUAGCUCACCUCAACUAAAAUCACAUGUGGGGAAGCUCCGUGCAUCUGAGUCUCCCUCAGCUGUUCUUUUCUAUAAGGAUGGUAAGAGAAAAGGAACACCCAAGUCCUUCAGCAGGAGUGUGUCAAGGGUGGAGUCCUUUGAGGACCGGUCCAGACCUCCUUUCAUGCCACUCCCGUUAACAAAACCUAGAUCCAUUUCUUUUCCCAAUGCUGACACUUCUGACUAUGAGAACAUUCCAGCUAUGAGCUCUGAUUAUGAAAAUAUACAAAUUCCUCCUCGAAGAUCCACAAGAGCAGGAACUUUUACUGAGUUUUUUGAAGAUCCCAGCAGGGCAUUAUCUGCUGCUAAUGAGAAUGACGGCUAUGUGGAUAUGAGCAGCUUCACUGGCUUUGAGAACAAGCAGCAAACCACAGACCAGGAAACAGAAAGUGCCUACACUGAGCCUUACAAGGUGUGCCCGGUCUCUGUGAUACCCGUGGAGGUCAUCACAUCAGAUGAGGAACAAAAGAGUUCAGAAGACGAGGAAAGCAGCCAGGGUGAUCCCAGCCUCAUCAACAAGAAGGAAGGCCAGUCCAGUGCUUACCUCAUUGCCCAGGAGCUGAUGUCUUCAGAAAAAGUAUAUGUGGAGAUGCUCCAGCAGUCAUGUAUGGAUUUAUAUGAAGGUAUCAUGAAAGUGCUUGGAGAAGAUGAACAGGAAGAGGUUGAACUCAAGCAGGGCUUAAGUGAACUCUCUGAGAUUUACGAAUUACACCAAGAGAUCCUGGGAGAGCUGGAAGAAAGAGUUCUUAAAUGGGAGGAACACCAGAAAGUUGCUGAUGUUUUUCUCUCCAGAAAAUCAAGGCUGAAUCACCACACAGCUUACAUUAUACAGUUUGAUAGGAAUUUGGCUUUGCUAGAUGAAACUUGCCAUAAAUAUUCCCAACUGGCUACCAUCAUUCAGGAGUUUGAGAAGAGCUCUGGUGGAAGCCCACAGAGUGUGAAACACCAGCUUUUGAAAGUGGUGCAGCGUGUCUUCCAAUAUCGUGUGCUGCUCACAGAUUACUUGAAUAAUCUUUGCCCUGAUUCUACAGAGUAUGAAGCCACACAAGCUGCCUUAUUCAUUGUUUCUGAAAUCACGGACCGAGCCAACGAGAGCAUGCUCCAAGGGGAAAACCUGCAGAAGCUGGUACACAUUGAGUACAGUGUGAGGGGGCAGAGGGGCCUCCUCCAGCCAGGAAGGGUCUUUGUGAAAGAGGGAACACUGAUGAAAGUCUCUGGGAAAAACAAGCACCCUCGGCAUUUGUUCUUGAUGAAUGAUGUUCUGCUGUACACAUAUCCCCAGAAGGAUGGCAAAUACCGACUGAAAAACACAUUGGCUGUGUCAGGCAUGAAGGUCAGCCGCCCUGUGACAGAAAAAGCCCAAAACGUCCUGAAGAUUGAAUAUGAUGAAUAUUGCCUGACGCUGUCAGCAAGCUCUUGCUUGGAAAGGGAUGACUGGUACAGCUGCAUCAGCAGGCACAUCCCUGAUGACUACAAAGCUCACAAUACUUCCACCUUCCACAGCAACGUGGAGCUAAGGGAGAAGCUUGGAAUAACCUUGGGUGAGAGGCCUCCUACUUUGGUACCUGUGUCCCACGUCAUGAUGUGCAUGAACUGUGGCUGUGACUUUACCCUCACUUUGAGGCGACAUCAUUGCCAUGCCUGUGGGAAGAUUGUAUGUCGGAAUUGUUCAAGAAACAAGUACCCUCUGAAGUACCUCAAAGAUCAAGCAGCCAAAGUCUGCGACAGCUGCUAUAUGGAACUGAAGAAAAGAGAGCGGCCACUAAGUGUGAGCUUCCCUCCAACUUCAUCCAGGUGUUCAAGCAGUGCCUUCUCUGUCUUCCACAAUAUCCAUUACUCAUCUUUUAAGAAACAGAAGAAGAUUCCUUCAGCUCUUAUGGAGGUGGCAGCCUCGGGAGAGGGAGCUACCAUCAGUGGUUACCUCAGUAGAUGUAAGAGAGGCAAAAGACACUGGAAGAAACGCUGUCACCUCUCCGCAGAACCUCUGAGAGCUGGUUCUAACAGACUGAGUUCCUGGGCAGCUAUCCUUAUCAGAGGGACUCAGCCACAAACCUGGGACAAAGUUGCCACAGAAAGUUUGCCUUUGUUGGGUUUUACUGUUGCCCCAGAAAAGGAGGAAGGAAGCAUGGAUACAGUUUUCCAUCUCUACCACAAGCAGACUCUGUUUUAUAGCUUCCGAGCAGAGGAUAACAAUUCAGCACAGAGGUGGAUUGAAGCCAUGGAAGAAGCAUCCAUUUUAUAGCAGCAAUCACCCAAUGGACUUGGAAUAAAUUCUCAGAUUUCUAUACAUUCCGAACAAUCUUUCAUAUGUCUCACAAAACUGAACAGUGUAUUUCAGGCAAACUGGUUACAUACACUGGAGAUAUGAACUGUUUCCAGAUUGCUCUCUUUACUUCCUUCCUCUUACCUCCACUUUUUUUUUUUUUUUCCAAAAGGAAACUUUAAAAUAGGGAAUAUUUAUGAUGAUCUUUAUGUCUGUGCAAGUUCAACCUGUGUUAUAAGCUUCUUCUAUGAUCUCACAGUAAGCUAAGUUUAACAUCAAGACAAAAAAAGAUAUGGAAAUACUGACUACAGUAAGCAACAGGGUCAAUUUUACUUACUGUAGAGCACUAACAUAUUUCAUUCGGUUGGUUUUGGUGUCUACCAUGAAAUGAGAACCAAUGUAGUAAAUGACAAAUGCUCAUUUAAAGCACUUUAUUAUUUUUAUUCAACUACAGCUUCAUUCUUUCAUGUUUCCAAGGAGUUUGGUGGACCAGUUCAUUACUCAUCCAUUAACAAGUGCCAGCAUGAAAUCAUGCCCUGCAUAUGCUAAAUUGUUUCCACAGAAAACGAAUAAACAAAAACAUUCACCUGGUCUACCAAUGCUGCACUAGAUAUGAUCCAGGAUAAUUACUUACUAUCCCUUUAUAAUUUUACACAAACCACUGUAUAAUUUAUUUCAAAGGGGCUAAUUUCAUACCACUAUAGUACUUUGAAAUGCACUAUAGUAGCUCUACAAAUCUAGACACUGAAUAGUAUAAAGUCUCCCUAAAUAUUGCAUCAGACUCAAACCCAAAGGAUAUUUUUAAUUUAUUAAAAACCUACAGACUGUUUUUAUUUAACACUAGCCUACCUAGUAGUGUUAAGAUUUUUAUCAUCUAUUUAAAUAGUCUAGCUUUUUUUUUCAAUCCUCCUGAUGUUUCUGCUGUUCUUAUGAAAAAUGUCAUUAAAAGUUUAAUCCAUAUAACCAGCGCACCAUUUGAAACAUGCUGGUGGGGUGAAAUGCACUUGUCUGUACCUGCUCUGUUAAGAGUGCUUUGAAACUCCUGUAGCUAAAUGUAUCUUACUCCACCUCCAGGGCUGGAAUCUCAGCAGCCAAGUGUCAGUAUGACUUCAGAGAUGUGCUGCUUUAUACCAGAUGAAGACGUAGAACUCUGGAGUUUUUUGUUUUUUUUUUUUUUAAAAUAAGGUUGAGAAGUGAUGUUAUAAUCAUUGCAAUAAAAUGGCUUUGUGUCCUAUAUUUGUCAUAAUACUUGACUGAGGAGUAGAAUGGCAUUUAUGAUUAAAAUAUAUCUUUGUAUAAAAAUACCAUGCUCAAGAAUUUACUUACAUUACAAUACAUUGUGGGAAGGGGAGACUUUACUACUUCCAUUUUUGCCUUUCUUCAAUAAGUUUCAUGGAUACCUGAAUUUUUGAUAUUUCCAUAUUUUUAAAGGGCUAUAAUAUGUAUCCAAAUGAUAAAGAUAGUUCAAUUUUUCACCUGGAAAAACAAGCUUAAAAAAAACAAAUACAAGUCUACCACUAAAUAAAAAUAUAGCUGUAUUGUUUUUAUUUUUUUUAAUACAUCUGAGUCCGAUAGUUUCAUAAAGCACAGGUUAUCAUAUGCAAACAGAAAACAAGUAUGAGAAAAGUAAAACUUUUGUAUUCUUUCAUUAAUGGAUGAACACCAAUGUUAACUCUUUGUUUCAUGUUAAAACUAUGGCCUUGCUACCAAUAGACUGUUUUUUUCCCCCUUAAAAACUUUUUGCACUGAGAGAAAAAUAAGAGAAUGUUGAACACAGAGAAAGAUUUCUAACAAAAAUUUCUUUUCUCAAACAAAACAAAACUGCACUACAGAACAGUAUUAUGAAGAUUUAGGUGCUGACAUCUUCUGACUGUAUGAAGCUUUCAGUGAUAAGCAGGAAAUGAAUACAUGAAAGUAUUUUGUUGUAAAAAGUAACAUACAGUGCUAUUAAACAUGUUUUAAGUAAUGUGGGAAAAUAAAAGGUCAAAAUAUAA